CAGCCCUGCUUUAUGGAGGCCCUGGAUGCUCACAGCAAGAGAUGGUGAGAUGACAGAGAAUCAACAAAUGUCAGAACUGGAUGGUCAACUAAUAAAUUUUACAUCAAAAGGAGCCCUGGGGUUUCAACAUCCAGUGAGACUUUAUUUGCCCAAGUCCAAAUCCCAAAAGUUUCUUAAUAACAUCGGAGAGAAGGUGCUGGCAAGUUUUCCAGUACAAGCUACAAUUCACUUCUACAAUGAUGAUGCCGACUCUGAGGAAGAUGAAGAAGAAAUCAGUUCACCUAAUAACAAACAGUGGUCAGCCUUGACAAACACAAAAUAA